UUCUACAGUCGCUGACGUCCGCGCCACAUGAACCCACAGUAAACAGCAACACACGAAUGCUGUUGCCACACACGGAGCGAGCUGUUACACCACAGCCUGAGCUAAGAGGCGCAGCUUUGUUGUUGCUCAAGUUAUGUGCUUGUCUGAUCUGGCCUAGUGGGACUGAAACUGCCCUCUUACCCCUCCCUGAUCCUGUUGCUGUUCCCCCUUGAAGACCUUCACCAGCACCACCUCCUUCCUCUUCCUCCACCUCCUCUUCCUCUUCCUCCCUCCAGCUGCCCCUGUGAUGCCUUCCCCGUGCUGUGGCUACCUGUCACAGUACACCAAUCAUCAUCUGGUUGUCUUCCUCCUCACCUUCUUUAGCUACGUGUUCCUGCACGCGUCACGGAAGACGUUCAGCAAUGUGAAAGUGAGCAUCUCAGCCCAGUGGACGUCAUCCGUCCAGAAUGACAGCGCACGUGCUUUCUCUCCCAGUGAGACAUGGGAAGACAAUCGUCUGUUUGCAGAUGAGAAUCAGGCAACUCUGUUCCUGGGAGCCCUGGACUCCAUCUUUCUCUUUUCGUAUGCCGUGGGCCUGUAUUUGAGUGGUGUGAUUGGGGACAGAGUAAACCUGCGCUAUGUCCUCUGCUUUGGCCUGUGUGGCUCUGCUGUAGUGGAGUUUCUGUUUGGCUGUCUGACCGAAUGGCUCCACAUCUACAACAUCUAUCUGUACUGUUUCCUGUGGAUCCUGAACGGGCUGCUGCAGUCGGCCGUGUGGCCGUGCGUGGUGGCCGUUAUGGGCAACUGGUUUGGCAAAACAGGGCGAGGCUUUGUGUUCGGCCUGUGGAGCGCCUGUGCCUCUGUCGGCAACAUCCUGGGAGCCUUCCUCGCUUCCAGUGUGCUCUCGUAUGGAUACGAGUACGCCUUCCUGGUGACCUCGGUGGUGCAGUUUGCCGGCGGGGUGGUGGUGUUCUUCGGACUCCUCACCUCCCCAAAAGAAGUCGGUUUGAGUUUGGUGUCAGAAACUGGGCUCAGCCCCGUGGAGACGGACAGAGACAGCCACAGGCCUCUGAUAAGUGACGAAGAGGAUGAGGUGGAGGUUCAGGAACCAGAUGAUCCUCCAGUUUCUCCUCAGGCUAUUGGCUUCCUCCAGGCCUUCUGUUUGCCCGGAGUGCUUCCUUAUUCCUUGGCAUACGCAUGUCUGAAGCUCGUCAACUACUCCUUCUUCUUCUGGCUUCCUUUCUACCUGAGCAACAACUACAACUGGAAGGAGGUCGAGGCCGACCGGUUGUCUGUGUGGUACGACGUCGGAGGAAUCCUCGGUGGAACGGUUCAGGGUCUGAUCUCUGACUUCAUGGGGAAGAGAGCUCCAGUGUUGGCCGCCAGUCUGGCCAUGGCGAUGGCCGCUCUGGUGGGAUACAGCCGAUCACCCAACGACAAGGUCAUAAAUGCCGUGCUGUUGGCCGUCACUGGUUUCUUCAUCGGCGGCCCAUCCAAUAUCAUCUGCUCCGCCAUAUCUGCUGACCUGGGCCGACAGGCGGCUCUGAGGGGCAGUCAGGAGGCUCUGGCUACUGUGACCGGUAUAGUGGACGGAACUGGAAGUUUCGGAGCUGCAGGCGGACAGUACCUGGUGUCCCUGAUUGAAAGCAAACUGGGCUGGAUGUACGUCUUCUACUUCUUCAUCGUCAUGACAGGGGGCAGCAUUGUGUUCAUCAGUCCGUUGCUAUUCCGAGAACUGCAGGUGAUGUGGCGAGACAGACGAGCGCGGCGACACCAGCUGUGAGCUGCGCCUCGGGCCUCUGGCGUACGCUGACGUCUCUCCUUUUCGAUGGCCGCGUCGGUGCAGCACAUCUGCUCACUGCUCAGGAACGGCUGCCUUUUAUUUGUCCGGUGAGUUUUGGGACGUGCAAAGACUCGGUGGUGGUCGGUUCUCACAGUCGGGGAUGGUUAAGGUGAUGUUGAGUCUCCCACACACACACACACACAAACAAAACCACCAGCGUAACAACAACCACACGAGCAGAUGAAUGGACAUCCGUCCGUGGAUGCACAGACUCAUGUAUUAUACAAAUAAGAGGGUUCGGAGGUUAAAGUUUCAGUCGCUAUGUACAGAAUGUACAAGUGUAAAUAUUUAAGGUUUAAAAAGGACUUGAAUAUUUUACAUGCACACAUGCUUGAAUUACGUUGAAUGAAUUUGUAUUGUUCUUAAUUUAAAGACUAGGCCUUGAAAAUUGAUUGUUAAUAUUAUUUAUUAUUAUGCAGCCAUGUAUUGUUAGCUUUUUGUAGAUAAACAGUAUGUAAUUAGUUUUUAGUUGAAAUAACGGGUACGGCACUCUUACGUUUCUUACACAUAUCAGACAGAGUAUGAAAAGUAGAUUUUAACGUUGGGGGGGGCUUUAGCGACCACUUUGGGUUUCAUUUCCUGUGUACAGUUUUGUGUAAUCGAGGAAAGGGAUUUUAUGUUUUUUAAUUAAGGAGACUGGUUCUCUCGGUACUCACGGCAUUCCUUUUUCACUUCCUGUUCAAUGUGAUGUGGACACUUUUUUUUAAACUCAAGCAUCUCACACUUGUAGUUUACAUUGCGACAUAAUUAGAUUUAUUAUCAGUACUGUAAAUCCUUUAGGAUAUUUUUGGUUAUUAAAGUAUAACUGCUGGUUAAGGAAAAGGCUUCUCUUUACUUAUAUACUUAAACUUAUAUAUAUAUAUAUAUAUAUAUACAUAUAUAUAUAUAUAUACAUAUAUAUAUAUACACACAGAGAGAGAGAGAUAGAUAGAGUGGAGUGGAGCUGAUUACACUGCACCAGCUGUUAUGUCCGUUACUGCAGUUGUUAACCAGCCUCCAAUGGAAAGAGGAUUGCUUUGAUUAAAAGCUAGUUUUAAACCUUCUGUGCACAACAAAAUACAUGGCGCAUGUCAUAUAAAGUGCUUUUUAAAUAGAACUUUUUUAAUGAUACCUGACGCUAAACUUUCUUAAUGCAACUGAGCUUCAAAUGAGACUGGACAUUCUGUUAUCUCUGAACUGUAAUAAUAGAAUGUAACCUGUAUCUGUGGUGGUUUUUUUUAAUUUUUGUAUUUUUAAUUGGUUUUAUGUUCAUGUGUUUACAUAUCAAGUUUCAACAAUGUAAAUGUAGCUAUUGUAAAUAAAUGCAAAUUCCAUUUUGCAAAUCAUGAA